AUUCUUAUUAACAAGGAAAAUUUGUUUCUAUUCUUAUAACUAAUAUAAAAUAUAUUUUACUUCAACUUCUAACUUACAGUAACAAUAUUCUACAUAAAUUAUAUUCGCAUAUUAUAGAGUGAAAUAAAUAAUAUAUCAGAUAUUUGGACUAUAUACAGCUUCCAUAACUUAUUAUUAUAGACAAAAAAAAUCAAUCAAUUAUAAACAGAAAAUUUUAAAUUCGAGAAUGACUAUAUUAAUACCUCCAAAUCCACUGCAAGCAGUACAGUUUAUUCCAAUUUUCAGUUACCUAAAUAUACUAAGUGACUUUUUAUUCAUUGAAAAUUACUUGGCAGAAGUUGAUCAAACUAAAAAAAUUCCGAUUGUUAAUGCACUUUAUAAAUAUUUAGGAGACCAUGAUAAUAAUGAAUCAAUGAAAGUUAAAUUAAUUAGAUCUUUAUUAAAAAGAAGUGAUCUUUAUGGUGAAAAAAGCAAUGAAGAGCCUGAUGUCAUUUUCGUUAAUGCUAUGUUUGACUAUAUCAUUAGUUCUCUUGUAUUUGAAAAAUAUGGUAAUAUUUAUGGUUUCUUAACUGAAGUCUUUCGCAUUGCAGAAAAUUUAGAAAUUGAUUACAUAUUAAAUUUAACAAGAAAACAUCUUCAAGAUGCAUUAUUUGAAAAUGAAUAUGGUGAUAGAUCAAUUUUGAGUUCAUUAUCAGUAAAAAGAAUAUAUAACGAUAUAAUAUUGGCCCUAUUUCCUCGACCAACGAAAAAUUUUACUUUAUCUUCUCUUGAUUAUAUUUAUGCACAAGCUGGUUUAAUGUUUCUUCGACUUGGUACACCAAAUACUGUCUAUUAUAGGGAUUUGAAACACAGUAAUUUAAUAAAAUUGGAUCAUGAUAAACAGUUUGACGAAUAUUUAAUAGCUGGACAUUUAAGUGAAAAAUUACUUUUAAUUAAUGAGAAGAAAAAUUUUCAUUUGUUGAAAUUUUUUGCUCUGCCUGCUCUUUCUAAUUAUAUUUUUAAUAAUAAGUAUUUAUACGCAUAUGAUUAUGUCGCAAAUCUUAUUUCUGAAGCACGAUUUUGGCGUUUGGCUUUUAAGGAUUUAUUUCGAUAUACAUUUAAUGUUAUUAAAAAGACAAAAAAUAAAUUAAAUAAUGACAAUAAUUUUAAUUUGCAUACAGCGUUUUCUACAUUUCUAAGUCGUUCUACAUCAGCGAAAAUUUUAAUAGAUCAUUAUUGUACUAACAUAAGUACAGAUAGUAAUACUUUACUUGUUGCAUAUUUAAAUAGUCCUGAUACAUUUCAAUGUAAAUUUGGAGAAAAUUUACCUAAUUUAAAUAAUUUGUACAUGGAUCAAGUUGAAGAAAUUGUUAAAUUAUAUAAAAUACGUGAUUUACAAUUAGUUAAAACGGCUUUUGGAGAAUCUCUUAUUGAAUAUAUUGAACAAACUGAAGUUACUAUAAAAUUGCUAUAUCCUCAUAGUAAUAUAGCACAAAAUGAUUCUUCCAAUUCAAAACGAUUACCAUUUGACUUGUUACAAAUUUCAUAUCCCAACCAAACAUUCAAUUAUUAUGCUUUAGUACGGGAAAAUCAUAAUUUAAUAUUAUUGAAUAAUGCUAUGAAUCCUCAACUUUUUGAAGAAAAAAUUGGUUUAAAUGUUGACUAUCUAAAACUUGUGGUAUCUAUAAUUUUAAAGACACCUAAGCAGGACGUUAAUAAAUUUAUGGAAAACUUAAUGGAAUAUAAAACUGAAAAAUUAAAACAAUAUUUACAUCAUUUAGAUACUUAUAAAGAAAAUGAAGAAUCGUGGAAAAUUGAAUGGUGGAAAGAAUUUGGAUUAAAUUUAGUGCCAUAUUAUCCUUGUUUAUUCGAUAAAUUUGGUGAAAAUUUUGAAAAAGAUAUUUGUCCAGUAUCUAAUAUAAAAUUUUUCAACAAAUAUCAUGAAGAAAUAACUUUAAAUAUGAUAGACAUAAAUACACAAAAUCUUCUUUCUUUGUUAGGCACAACUAUCGGAUCAUUAUUUCUAGAAAUUGUAUGCCAAGAAACAGCACAUGACUUUAUAAUAUUGCAAAAAGAAUAUACAAGAAAUAAUUCUAAUACAUUACAAGAAGAAUAUAGAAUCUCAUUAAUAAAUGCUUUAAAUAGACAUGAUGAAAUAUUUAAUGUUAUUUCAUUACACAUUGAAGAUCCUGCAUUUGCAUUUAAUUUUAUAACUAAAGACGAUAUAAAUUUACUUGAAAAAAUAAUUAAUGCUUUAGAAGAAAAAACUAAUUUUAACUUAACAUUUAUUAAAAAUACAAUUUAUGUGAUGAAAACAAUAAACUCUAAUCCUAUUAGAAACAUUUUAAAUGGAAAAAUUCCAAUUUACGUAAAUAUUGUAAAUAAUGAAACUUAUACUGGAUAUGGUUAUAAAUUUACGUUUUUAUCGGAAAAUUUAAGAGAAAGGGCAUAUUUGAGAACUGAUUAUGAAUUUAGAAAUAAAAAAUUAACUUUACUAAUUGAUGAAUUUUCUGAAAAUGGGAAAAAAUAUAUUAGAAUAAAUAGUGAAACUCUUAGACCUGAAUUCAAUUCUAUUAUGUAUGAAUUUAAUAAUCAAGUUCGAAGUAAAGCCAAUAAUGUCUCUUUUUCUGGAAUAACAAUGUAUCACGAUGAUGAAAAUUGUGAGAAUAGUACAUAUUUAUUAUAUUCCAGAUAUAUUCAUGUUUGCUUAAGACACUGGAGUUUAAAUACUAAACUUGAUUUUGUGAAUAGUUUUGUUGAAUAUGUACAAGUUCGUACAAAUCAUACUGAGGAACAAAUUUAUGCAACAUUAAAUAAAUACAUAUUUCCUGAUAAUACAACAUUGAAGUGGUUUUCUGAUAAUUGGAUAGUAAACAGAAGAAUAGAAGAACCAAGUUGGGGUAAAAAUUUUCUAAUAAACAAUCCUCAGCUAUUUAAUAAAUUAAGAUACGAUACUCGUCUUGAAAAUCAUCGGAUCUACGACAGUGAUGGUAUAUUUAGAAUCAACGCCCUUUACACAUACAGAGAAAGACAUAUAAUUGAAAAAGGAACAUCAAUUGAAAAUAUAAUUAAAAAUUAUCACGAUCAGAAAGCAUAUUUUUCAGCAACAUUUGAAGAUUAUUAUGCUAUUCGAAAUUACGCUACAACAGGAUAUAAAAGAAUAAAUUCGAAUACAAAUGAAGCAAAACUAAUGAAACUUGCUUUAUAUAAUUUAGCAAUAAGACAAUCUGGCGAGGAAUUUGAAUUAAGACUUUUUAGAGUUGAAUCCAAAUCAAUUUAUGGUGAAAAUAAUUUGUUUCUUAAUAAAACUAUAACUCUGCAAAAAUUUACAUUAGCUUCUACUGAUCUAGAAUCUGCAAAAAGAUUUUUUGUUCAUCCAGAGGAUGGAUUUAUAAAUGUUGUUUAUGAAAUGGUAUUUGAUGGACCUUAUAUAAGGGGGAAAAUAGAUCAACUUUAUGAAAGAAAGGAGAAGAAGGCUAUUCUCUUACCUGGUAGUGAAUUUCUUCUAACAAAUAUCAGAACAGAAGGGAUUGAAGGAUUGGGCACUGUAUUAAAAUUAAAGUUGCAGUAUAAACACGAUACUAUGGAUAAAUAUACAUGGUAUAAAAAAAUUAUGGCAGAGAGAGAGAAAAUCAAGUUCUGAUGUUUUGACUAUUUUUCAAUAACAUUAUCCGAUUAUCCUAAUUAUUUUCAUACUAUAUUGUAAUAAUAAAUAAAAUAUUUUUAAUAUUAA